AUGCACAGCUUUUCAGGACUCAGAGAGGGGGAGGCGGGGGUCGGCCCCCCGUGCGGGGAGGGGGGUGUCCCCCAGACCUUGGACCCCUGCCCCGGUCAGCCUUACGCUGACCUCCACCUUUCUGCUUCUCUCUCACGGGACGCUGCGACCUGCAGGGGGCGGAUCGGCACUUAUAGCUGCGGAUGGGGGCGCCGGGGCCUGUCCGGGGCGCCCCCCGGCCUGCACCUGUGCCACCUCGGCCUCCCCGAGGACCGCCCGCUGCUGCAGGCCCCCUGGAGCCCCGCCGCGGGCCUGCUUCCCCGAGGAGCCGUGUGCCGCCUGCGCGCGGCGGCCCCCGGCCUGGCCCCCGGCCUCGCGGGGCCCGAGCGGGACGCCUCGUAG